CCUAAACUUUUUCCCGGUACCCCUCGCUAAAAAUAGAAAAUUUUCCAGGUUAUCAAGUGUGCUGAAUACGAAAAAGCACUUUUCUUUAACUCUAAACAAACUUUAAUUUUUUUUUAUCGGUGAUAUGUUUAAAAAAACGCUAAAAAAUAUCUGAGCGGCCAUAUUUAUAGAAAAACGUCGUUUCUCUCACAAGACUACAAUUUUCAUAAAAAACAUUCUGCCUGUCUUGUGUUACAAAUUCUUUAUUACAAAUAGAGGAAUGCACCUUUAAGUGACUUAAGGGUAUUUCCACACAGCUCCGUCUGUUCACUCAAUAUACAAACUGAAGCCGGAUGAAUCCCACGGUGUUUAUCUAGUAAAGCACCUCCAGUUAUGUAGGAAACCAUAUUAUUUUCUUAAAAAGUUAUACUGAACAUGGCAUCCUUACGGAAGCACUUUUCUCAUUAGAGGAACAAAGACGCUCAGUUUUUGUUUAAUUGUCCUAAUACUUUAGUGGUUCUAAUUCAGAACAACAAUAUUUCUAGAAAAUUUACUUAAUUUAAGAAACUUUUAAGAAAUUCUGGAAAAACCCACGGAUACGGAUAUGAAAGUUUCGAAAUUGUGGAUCAGAUUCGGAGCUUCGUUGCUUCGGAUCUGGACUGAUAUGGAUCUAAAAAAAACUUAAAUUCGCAGAACUACAUGUGGGUGUUGCCCGUACAAUUUGUUUGGUUCUUCGUAUAUGCUGCUUUUGUAAAAACAGCCUCCUAUUAUUACUUCAGGCUUGCGUAUCAUAAAUCUUAACCAUAGCUUUUCUUUCUUAAAUGUAGAGUCGAUCUAUAUUUUUCUAUUCCAAAUACAGUAACACAUGAGAAAACGAAGUCAUCUGAACUGUGAAUGAAUCUAAACUACUUUGUUUCAUACAAGAUACAUAAAUAUUUUAGAGACAACAAUACACAAUUAAUAAAGAACAAUAAUACCUUCAAAUGUCCAUCGUCUUACAUCUCGUUGAAUGAUCAAUGUUAUUAUACUCAUCAAUAUUUCGUUGAUAACUUAAGUAAAGCUGAACAACUAUGUCAAAUACAUAAUGGAAUAUUGACAACAUUUCAAACACACGAAUCGGGCAAUGUGAAUUUGAUGAUGGUUUUAAAUGGUAGUUCUGGAAGAGCUUUAAAUGAUAUCAAACUUGAAUUGUUUUUUUAUCAUCUUGAAAAUACAAUUUAUCGUAAUUCAACUCAAACCCUGAGAAUGAAAAAACAUUUGUUAAGAUUAAUACUUGAUAAUAAACAAUUGACCACCAAUGAUCGGAGUCGAGAAUGUGUUUUAAGAUAUUAUGCAAGUACUUCAGGAAGUUUCACAACGCUUUAUCGAUGUCAGGAAGCAGGACAUCCUGUCUGUAUAGCCGAUAUGAUACAGAAAGAUAUUAAAAUUGAUACUAAAAACGAAUCGAUUAGCACAACGUCAUUAUCAAUGAUUGUUGUUGAGAAUAAAACAGAAUCAAACAAGAGUAUUAGUGAAUUAUUUGUUAAUGAUUGUAAGAAUUGUACAGCCGAUGAAGAUUUAUACAAUAAUGAGACAAAUCGCACCGAUACUAUUUAUGAACUUGACGCAAUAUCAAAAACACAUUUUGUGCGUCGUUAUACAUUUAUACUAGUGAUGAUCUUUGUCUGUAUCGUCUUUCUGUUGGUUGUAAUAACAGGUGUACUAUGUUGUUUUCGUCAACAUAAAUCAUAUUCAUUCAAUACUCCUUCAACUCGAUCUAGUACUCAAUCUCCAACAGUCACAGUUGUUUAUACACGCAUGAAAACGAAACAACAAUCAAAAAAACUACAUAUAAAAACGAAUCAUCAACAAUCAUCGGAAUUAUUAUUAGAUGAUACUAUUGAUCUUAUUUCCAAUGUUCAAUUAUCAACAGUAGCAAAUGAAACGCAAAAUACUGAAAAAUUAUUGUAG